AUGUUGAUCCUUCUGGUGGAUGAUGAGGACGAUAUUGAAUAUAACGAAGAAGACGAUGAUGAUGAAGAAGGCACUAGUGAUGAAGAAGAAGGCGUUGUAGAUGAAGAGUAUGAACUUGCCGCUGAUAAGGGAGAAGCCGUUGUUCAUGGAAUGAAUUCUCCUCUAAGAUUGAACAAGAACAUUCGAUUCUCAUUUACGUGUUCAUCUACUGCCUAUGUAGAUGAUGUUGUACAACAUGGAUCAACCCCACCUCAAGUGGAAACUGCUGAUCCACUGAUCCAAGAUGUGAUUUCUCCAAGAUCAGUGUCUCCCUAUCAUCAAGCUGAACCUACUCCUCCUAUGCCAACACCUCUUCGCAUAGUUUCUUUUUAUCAAGGGGAAUCCAACUCUAAUUUUCAAACUGAUACAAUCGUUGUAGUUGAACAAGAGAGCAAUAUCCUAGACACUAAUGCAACAAAUGAUGAUCAACCUAUCCAUGAAGCGAGUGAUCAAUCUAAGACUGGUGACUAUGAAAGGGUUCUCGACAUGGGGUAUAUGGCACAAGCUGUUGUUUCUUUGCUUGUUGUUUACCCUGAUUCACAUUUUGAGGGGGAGAUUACUCAAGGACGUAUAUGA